UGCGGGGCCAUGGAGGACGAGCCCUACUAUUACUACGGGGAGGGGAACGAGAGCGGCCCGGGCGCGCAGUGCGAGUGGCCGGCGGACUGGGAAGUGUCCUUCUUGCUGCUGCCCGUGCUCUACAUGCUGGUCUUCGUGCUGGGGCUGUCGGGCAACGGGCUGGUGAUCUUCACCGUGUGGCGCGGCCCGCGGGCCAAGCGCCGCUCCGCCGACACCUACAUCGGCAACCUGGCGCUGGCCGACCUGGCCUUCGUGGUGACCCUGCCGCUGUGGGCCGCGUACACGGCGCUGCGCUUCCACUGGCCCUUCGGCUCGGCGCUGUGCAAGCUCAGCAGCUACCUGGUGCUGCUCAACAUGUUCGCCUCCGCCUUCUGCCUGGGCUGCCUCAGCUUCCAGCGCUACCUGGCCAUCGUGCGCUCCCUGCCGCGCUCCCGGCCCGUGCGCCCCCGCGCCUCGGCGCUGCUCCCGCUGGCUGCGCUCUGGCUGCUGGCCGGCCUGCUGGCCCUGCCCGCCCUGCUGCUGCGCGACACGCAGCCCGGCCCGGCCGACAACCUCACGGUCUGCGACAUGGACUUCAGCGGCGUGGCCAGCGCGCAGAGCGAGCGCUACUGGUGGGGCGCGCUCAGCCUGGGCACCACGGCGCUGGGCUUCCUGCUGCCGCUGCUGCUCAUGACCCUCUUCUACUGCUGCAUCGGCGCCAGCCUCAGCCGCCACUUCCAGCACCUGCGCAAGGAGCAGGAGAAGCGGCGGCUGCUGCGCAUCAUCGCCACGCUGGUGGCCGUGUUCGCGCUCUGCUGGCUGCCCUUCCACCUGCUCAAAAGCCUCUACGUGCUCAGCGAGCUGGGGCUGCUGGACCUGCCCUGCGCCUUCCUCGGCCUCGUCGUGCUGCUGCACCCCUACGCCACCUGCCUGGCCUACAUCAACAGCUGCCUCAACCCCUUCCUCUACGCCUUCUUCGACCUGCGCUUCCGCGCGCAGUGCCGCCUGCUGCUGGGGCUGCGCCCGGCGCUGCGCGGCCCGGCCGGCUCGGGCUCCUCCACGCUCAGCGCGCAGACCCAGAAAUCCGAGCUGCACUCGCUGGCCACCAAGGUGUAGGGGCGCCCGGGGAGCCGCGGCCGGACGCACUGAUGGGCUCGGAGCCCGCGGACGCUGGACAGGCGCCGCCCGGGCUCGGCGCGGUUCGGCGGCGCUGGAUCGCUCCUGCUCCGGGGUCCGCAGCAGCAGCCCCGGCUCUGGCUUCGGCUGCGCAGUGCGAGAGAGCUGCCUCUGCGCCCGCUCAGUCCCAGCCUUGGGCCCUGCUCAGGGGGUCCGGGUUCCCCGCCCGCUCGGCCCGAUUAGCGCCCGGGCGGGCUCGGCUCCGCAGGCCGGGAGCCCCCGGAGCUGGGCUGGUCCCUGCGGGCGGCUCCCUCCCUGUAAACCAAUAAAAUAGUUUUUCAGGAACUCCGCAGCGCUGGUCGGAUUCUUGGUGGGGACAGCGAGAGCCCUGGGUCCGGUCGGGAGCGCCGGCGGAUGCUGAGUCCGGUUCCGGCUGUGAAUGGUGGGUCCGGGGCCUGGGCGGGGUCCGCUUCGGGCUGUGCCGGGUCUGGGGGCUUUGCAGGGUCCGCUUUGGGCUGUGAAUGAUGGGUCCGGGGACUGUGCGAGGUCCGGUUCGGGCUGUGAAUGGUGGGUCCGGGGGCUGUGCGGAGUCCGGUUCAGGGUGUGAAUGGUGAGUCCGGGAGCUGUGCUGGGUCCUGUUCGGGCUGUGAAUGGUGGGUCCGGGGACUGUGCGAGGUCCGGUUCGGGCUGUGAAUGGUGGGUCCGGGGGCUGUGCGGAGUCCGGUUCAGGGUGUGAAUGGUGAGUCCGGGAGCUGUGCUGGGUCCUGUUCGGGCUGUGAAUGGUGGGUCCGGGGACUGUGCGAGGUCCGGUUCGGG